GCAGCCUGCCAGCUGAGAGCCGAUUGUUAGGAGAAGUACAGGAGACAGCACAGCUGCAGAAAGAUCUGUUUUAAACCAUAAAUUGAAGGACGGACCACAUCUUGCAGAAGGUGCACCCACGGCAGCAAUGCCUUUUGCUGAUUUUGUAGCAGCUCUCAAGGACAAUCCCUAUUUUGGGGCAGGGUUUGGACUGGUUGGCGUGGGAACAGCACUAGCUCUGACCCGUAAAGGUGCCCAGUUUGGCAUGAUUGCCUUUCGGAGGCAUUACAUGAUCACUUUAGAAGUGCCAAGCAAAGACAAGAGCUACCAAUGGUUACUGAGCUGGAUCUCUCACUAUGCCAAAAAUACGCAGCACUUGAGUGUGGAGACAUCCUAUCUACAGCAUGAGAGUGGUCGGAUCAGCACUAAGUUUGACUUUGUUCCGAGCCCUGGGAACCAUUUCAUCUGGUACAGAAGCAAAUGGAUCAGAAUUGAAAGGAACAGAGAGAAACAGAUGAUUGACCUGCAUACUGGAACUCCCUGGGAAUCUGUGACCUUCACUGCCCUGGGAACCAAUCGGAAUAUCUUCUUCAACAUCCUGCACGAAGCUAGGGAACUGGCACUGAAGCAGCAGGUUGGGAAGACUGUUAUGUACAGUGCUGUAGGUGCAGAAUGGAGGCAGUUUGGAUUUCCUCGACGCAGGCGACCAUUGAGUUCUGUUGUGCUUGAACAAGGAAUUUCGGAAAAGAUUGUUCAGGAUGUUAAAGGUUUCAUUGACAACCCCAAAUGGUACAGUGACAGAGGGAUUCCCUACCGUAGAGGUUAUCUGCUGGGGCCACCAGGUUGUGGGAAGAGCAGUUUUAUAACAGCUCUUGCUGGGGAGUUGGAAUACAGUAUCUGCUUGAUGAGUCUCAGUGACAGCAGCCUCUCAGAUGACCGACUCAACCACCUCCUCAGUGUAGCUCCCCAGCAGAGCAUUAUACUAGAAGAUGUGGAUGCUGCGUUUGUGAGUCGUGACCUUAACAAGCAAAACCCGACUGCAUACCAAGGAAUGGGCCGCUUGACUUUUAGUGGGCUGCUAAACGCACUGGAUGGUGUAGCAUCUACUGAAGCUCGGAUAGUGUUCAUGACAACAAAUCAUAUUGACAGGUUAGACCCAGCACUGAUACGCCCAGGCCGUGUGGAUGUGAAACAGUAUGUGGGACAUUGCACCAACUGGCAGCUUUCUCAGAUGUUUUUGCGCUUCUACCCUGACCAGACGGCCGUACAAUCCGAGGCAUUUGCAAGUGCAGCCCUGUCCUCCUCUGAUAAAAUCAGUGCUGCCCAAGUGCAGGGUCAUUUCAUGAUGCACAAAACUGACCCUGAUGGAGCCAUUCAGAAUGUUCGCUUGGCUACUAUGUGACAUGCCUCAAAACCAGAGAUAUUGUACGGUCAUACAUGUAUAUGUGUGUACAGCUCAGAGAGCCAGCCAGAAUAUCUAUUUUGCUACCAUGUGAUAUUCUUGCACUUGGAGUUCAGAACUUGAUUUUUUCUGUGCAUUCAAAAAAUGGACACCACUCAGAGGCAUUCCAUGCAACAGUCAAGCUUGUGCACCCAUAAAUCCUGAACUGUGAGCUUUGACUCAGUACCAAACAGAGAAAUGUGUUAAUAUAGAAAUCAUUUCCUAAUACUGAGGUCAGAUUUAAAGAGGAGAUGGACAAUCUAUUGUC